CAGCCCGCAGCCGUUGACACAGCUCCAUUCACAGGCACUUCACGCACUCGCGCAGCGCAGCGCAGCGCAGAGGAGAGGAUGCCGAAUGCGCGCAGCGAGAGGCGAACUUAACCAGCCGAUCCUUCGCGGUUAAGAGAGGUGAAUGAAAUCAGGCCUGUUCUCUGUAUACAGGGGAAGCGUUAUCUGGGCUCCUUCCAUCCAUCUCCAGGCUGCAUGUAUCAGGUGUCCAAACUGCACAGAAGAGGAUCUACAGUUUCCACAGAGUGAAUGAGGAGGAGAAGUGAUGUCUCAAGAAAAUAGCUGUUGCAGAGUUUGCAGCAGGGGCUUGUACAGCUGCCACUGGAGGGACUCCAGCAGUAAUAAGAGAAAACAGGCACGCUGCUGGUUCUCAGUUGUCUCUUUGGCCUCCCUGCUGUCUCUGUGUUGGAUGUACAUUUGUCUGGUUACUUUUAAUGACCGAGAGGAUGUUAACUGGCAGGGUUUCACAAAACUGAAACGGUGGGUGAACUGGUUCAUGGUGGUGAUCAUCAUUUCUGCAGUGUUAACCAGCUACUGCAUUCUGCUACUGCUCUUUGCACUGUUUCAAGUUGCCUUAGGAGAACGACUCGACUUACAUUGGCUGCACAAGAUCUUCUUAUUUUUUGGUGUGAUAUUCGUGGCUUUCGGGAUCACAGGAAUCAGCCUCCAGUGGCAACAAGAAUGGCCAACUGUUCCCCUUUCACUCCAGGCCACAGCUCCUUUCUUGCAGUUUGGUGCUGUUGGAGCCUUGACGCUGCUGAGCUCGUUUGUCUUCCAUGGCUUCGACAGGGCCAAAACUGCAGGGUCAAAGGCCCUAAUUGCAUCGGCCUUUGUUGUGGUGUCAGCAGCCAUCUUCCUGUGUCCACUGUUCAUCCAGUCUCCUUGUCUGAUUGCGCCGAGUGAUUUACCUGACAAACCGAAGCUCAUUGGCCACCGAGGCGCCCCGAUGCUUAAGGGUAGUUUGAGAGUUCCAGCACAUGAGCGUGUCUCACCCAUCUGCGCUCCCUGUGUUCAGCUGGCUCCAGAGAACACCAUGAUGUCAUUCGACAGGAGCAUUGCGUGCGGCGUGACGGCCUUUGAGACCGACGUACAGCUCAGUAAAGACAGAAUUCCCUUCUUGAUGCACGACAGUGGGUCUGACUUUCUGAUGAGGACGACAAAUGUUAAGGAGAAGUUCCCCGACAAACGCUUCAGCCACAGCGCCAACCUGACCUGGGAGGAGUUGCAGCGUCUGAAUGCAGGUGAAUGGUUCCUAAAGACAGAUCCGUUCCGUUCAGUGUCCCAGCUCACAGAAGAGGAGAAGGAAACUGCGAAGAAUCAGUCUAUACCCUCCUUACUCCAGCUCCUAGUCCUCGCCCAGCAGCGCAACAUCUCAGUGAUAUUUGACCUUUACAGUCCCAACCAGGAAGGUGACACCAACGACACUGUCAGCACCAUCUUGGAUUCUGGCAUUGACCCAAGCCUGAUCCUCUGGCUUCCCCCUGCUGAAAGAGACACUGUUAUCUUGACUGCUCCAGGUUUCAUCCAGGUCUACAAGUCAGAAACGAAAAUGUUCGACAAAGGGGGAAACCACCUGAAUGUGAAAUACAGCAAUUUGAGUACAGAAAAAAUAAGAGAACUUCGGCGGAAGAACGUCACAGUUAACCUGUGGGUGGUUAAUGACCGAUGGCUGUUUUCUCUGCUGUGGUGUGCAGGGGUCAGCUCUGUUACCACCAACUCCUGCCACCAGUUUCAAGCCAUGGAGCAUCCGGACUGGGUCAUGGCACAUGGUAGAUACAAUACUAUAUGGAUUAUAGUGGACGCUUUAUCCUGUCUGAUAAUGACUGGGCUCUACAUCUGUCAGAGGAAAACACACAGGUUGUGUCACAGGAGAGAGAGGCAAAGCAACAAUACUUCAGCCUGGAAUGAGAAAGAACUGUCUCCCUUCUUACCGACCGGGUAGUCGGACUGACUGACUCCCCCACCAGAUGUUUCAGCCCUGAAACGUCCCACAUGUAUCCUCGCCUGCACUGCCGAAAUUAUUUGUACCUUAAUCAGAAAAAAAAGUUCAUGUGAAUUGUCCGACAUUGUUUUGCCAUGAAAAUCCUAAAAUGUGAGUCAGAUGGCAGCACUACACCACUAGAUGGCAGUUUUGGUUUUAUGUCAAGUCGAGCUGGUUAACUUGAGUUUAAUCUUUCACAGGGUUUUGGUCGUUCUUCUGUUGCAACUGAAAAUAUUAUUUCGGUUCUAUGAUUGUAUCAUGUGCAAUAUAGAUCUGCAUUGAAUUUCUAUCUGUCUAUCUUUACACUUUAUGAUUUUGUGUUUUUCUGUUGUUGUUGUUGUUGCUCUUUGAAUUUGUUUCAAAACUUUUUUUUAUAGUGUCACUAUUGCAGGAAAGCUGUGCCAUAACCAGAGUCUUGUGUAUUUUACUCUCUGAUGUAUUUUGUUUGUUUGUUUGCAUUGUAUUGUUUUGUAAGACUGUGGACCUCUGAUAAAUGCCGUAUGGGUAAUAAAACACCAAGAUGAUGAUGUUUUUUUAACAGUAA